GCGGCCGCGUCGACUGGCUGGCAUUUAAGCGGGAAAUUGAGUGAAAAGUUUAUAGAAAAGAACAAAAAAAGUAAAGGAAAGCGAAGGAAAGACGCGUGUUUACGUUCGCGUAACGUGCCCCCUCUAACAGAAUUAUGUAGAAAUAAUUUAUAGAACCAGAGAACACAUUUCUUUAUAUUGUGGAUAUACAUCUAUUACGUAUACGUAUUGUAUACAUAUGUGAAAAUGUUUUAUAUUUAAAUCUCAAGUGGAUCGUUCCAAUAGCUGUUGCCGUUCAGUCGCGGGCGACGCGUGAGAAGAGUUAUCGUUAUAAAUAAGCGUUCAACUUGAAUUAUUCUCCAUAAAAGCCAUCCAAUAAAACACAAUCCAAAGGAAACUUUGCCCUCCGUCCCUGAGAAAAGUGCCUUUGCCUACCUCCUGUCCGUCCCAACGUCCCAACCGUCUUUGCACUCCCACCAGAAAAUAUGCGGCAAUAUUUACUUCUGUUUGGCGCGCUGCUCUCUCUGCUGGCCUCAGCUUACGCCAUCAAGUGCUAUGCCUGCGAGUCCGUCUACGAGGAGAGCUGCGGCGAGGACUUUGAUGUCGAGAAUCAUUUCAAAUACGACUGCGCCUUCAUUGCGCCGCCCCGGUUCCUGGAGAGCGAUCUGCUCAGCGUGAAUGCCACGGCGUGUCUGAAGCGGGUCUUCAAGGAAAAUGGCGUACGCAAAAUAGUGCGUGGCUGCUACUUUGGCGAGGUAAAUGACACAGAAUUGUGGUGCAGAAUGGACCCUACUCUGGCGGCGGUACAGAAUGCCAGCUGUCAUGUGUGCGACAACGAGAACUACUGCAAUGGAGCGGAGGUCAUUGGGGUCAAUCGAGUGGAGACGUGGCGAAUAAUAUCACUAAUUUUGUUUCUUUUGGCCGCCCAAAUAGCCUGAAUGAAACCGAGAUCCAUUGAGAAUACCUAGUCAAAAUUAGUCACACCUUUGUAUAGAUUGUUUGCCACAAAAAUGAGUUCUUAGAUGUGUAAGUUGAUCCCCAGUUAAUGUCACAAUUUCAGCAUUAAUUAAGCUAAUGGAAAUAUGAAGUAUCCGCCCCAUUGUGUUAACGUUCAACCAGUGCGUAUGAGCUACACAUUAGUCCGUUCUGCCGCCCAAAUUCGAGUAUAAGCCGAAAAGAUGGCAAACAACAAUUCGGAGAGCGAAAUACAAACUAAUAAAAACUAAUUUUACACAGAA